GCCCCCCCGCUCAGCCGGACCGUCCCGCUGCCGCCCCGCCCGCCGCAGCUCCCACCGCUGAAUUUGCUCCGGUCCCUUAAUUGUUUCGCUCUCACCGAGAACUUUGUUUACAGUCCCUUGUACGCCGAGCUGCAUCCCCUCUUAAGCUGGCUGUGGGCCGCAGUCCCGCCCGGAGGCCGGGAGGAAACUUCCAUGCUAGAAUAUUUUCACCUCCAGUUCAUCAAUCAGCAAUAUCUGAUGCUUCAAAGACUCGAGCAGCUCUUUCUACCUUGAAUUGUCACACAAGACGUCUUCAGCACUCUUUGACCAUGGAUUUCUCCUGGAUCUGUGCAGCACGAGCUCAGCAGAGCCUGCUCUAGCCUAAGAACGGGCCGAGCCAAGACAAUCAAGAUGACAAACGAACCUAUCAAAGAGAUCCUGGGCACCCCAAAGCACCCUGAUUCUGUACCCACAGAGAAGAGUAACAACAAUGACUGUGUGAUAACCACCAUUCCUCUGGUCAGUGAGUGCCAGCUGACGGCAGCCACAGGGGGAGCAGAGCUCUCCUGCUACCGCUGCACCAUUCCCUUCGGCGUGGUCAUCCUGAUAGCCGGCAUCGUGGUCACUGCCGUGGCGUACAUCUUCAACUCCCAUGGAUCCAUCAUCUCCGUCUUUGGGCUGGUCCUCUUGUCCUCAGGACUCGUUCUGCUGGCUUCCAGCGCUGUGUGCUGGAAGAUCAGGCAGCACAAGAAGAAAGCAAAGAGGCGGGAGAGCCAGACAGCGCUCGUGGCAAACCAGCGAACCUUGUUUGGCUAAAGGCCACCAGGAGAGGGCUGGACAGAAGGCAGAUCCUUUAACAACCCCUGUGACAAUAACUGCGAACACAUGUACUGUUGAUCUCUUAUGAAAACCUCUGCAGCCUGUGGACUUUGGUUUGAUAGUUGAACCCUCUGCAGCUUGAUUAACAGCUCUGUUAUUGAAAAAUCAUAGCAGACAGUUCUGCAGACACUCACUGUCACAGUCAGUUUGAGACACAACUAUUAAUAAUAACUUGUGGAAGCAAAGCUAUGUGUAGUGUUUGCUGACUGAGCUUUGGGAUUACAAAUCUGCAUGAAAAGCAGGUGCCAGGUGUUCCCCGCUUGUGGCUGAGGUGUUGAUUCUGUAACUCUUGUGUUUAGAGUUCUUCCAGCUUUUCUCAGUUAAUGGAUUAUUGAGAGGUUUGUCCCAAAUUGAGGCAAACCAGAACAUGAUUUCUUCUUCUUGAAGGACAUGUGGUGCUGAGCUGAGUCACAGGUUUCCACCCUGGUGUGUAUGAGAAGGCAGAGGGGCUGCAUGGAGCCCUCUUUUUAUUUUUUCUCUCUUUUAUUUUCCCCCUUACUUUCUCCAGACUCAAAAGGGCUGGAGAUUUUUGCUUUCCACUACCAACGUAAGACAGGCCUGUGUCUUCUCUUUGCCCUCAGAGCCUCUGGCAGCCAGGACAGUUUUGGUGAUGCUGCUGCAGAGCCCACCUGCCAAAGAGGUGCUGCAGGGGGUUCCUUCUGCAGUUCAUCCUGAAUCCCUCUACUUCUCCUGCUGAAACCACCCAGGAAUUCUGGCUUAGGUGCCACCAUUUCCUCUGCCCUCCAUGGUUUAAGCUUGUUACAUCCAUAACUUAUCCCUGGAUUUGCAAGCUGCACCUUGUGUUUUAAAUAGAGUGAGCUAUAUGUGCAGGAGGGGAUGUUUGGGGUCAGUAUUUGCAUUGCCACACUCCAUGGUUACCAGAUGCUAUAAUAAAAUCACUUGCAUCAGAGGAAAGCUGACAACACAUUUUAGCACUUCCAUAGCCCUCACUUAAUCACGGCAGGAAGCUUUCCUGCUGCUAGGAGAACAUGUUGCGUCACCAGAACAUCUGACACCGGUGUCUAGUGUCAAUCACUUUGCUUAAGGUCAUUAAAAAUAUUAGGGUGUCCCCUUACUAUGUACAGGUUCUGCAUGAGUGACAAUUCAUGGGAAACGCAUAGCAUGAUAAAUAAUGGAACAGGUGGACUAAAGUGGUGUCUUUCCUGUUUAAAAUGAGAGAAGUGAUUGACAUUAGCAAAGCUGGAUAAGCUAAAUAGAGCUGUUCAUCUUUUUCCCCUCCCUGGGAACACAAUAGUUUUUCUGGCUCCUUCCCUCCCCAUUUCUUUUUUUGUCAGUGGAAUUUUGGGGGCUGCUGAGGAGAGAACUGCAGGGGCUGUAGAGAUGUAGUGAUUUGCACUAAGUGUGUGGCAGCUUGGCUCCAUGGUUCCCAGACUGAGCCCAGAGCAGGAACUGUCCACCAGCUUCUCCAGAAGUCUUUCCCACACAUGGGUCCUCCUUUGGCCAUCACUGCUGUGAAAGGAACGUAGAGGUACAAGGUGAGGCUCAGCUCCAAGUCAAAAAAGAAAAUCCAAACUCAGUGGAAUGGAGAUGAGGGGGGUUUUGGAGCAGUUUUUUUCAGGAAGGGUAAAUAGGAGUGAGUAAGAAUUGCUCUGCUACUACUAGAGAUGAUUUCCCUGUCCUUAUCUCUGCUCUCUUUGACUUUUGCAGUGCAUAGGCAAGGACUUGGCAGAGUUCCUGGAGCACACUCUGCCUUGCUAAUUGUGGGCACCUGGGCAUUACCCAGCCUGUGUGCAAAGAAAGACACAUUGCAGUGACCCUGGCUGUGAUCCCUGCAAAGCUUCAGGCACACCCUGGUCUCCUGAGUACCACCCAACUGGACAGGCUGGGAGGCAUCUGGGUGAGAGGGGCUGCUGAGCUCAGCAGCAUUGUCUGUGUCCUUUAGAGAUGAUGUACAAGCACAAGCAUCUUCAUCCCAAGAAGCAAAUGAAAGGCUGUGCACAAAGCCAGGCUUGUUUGUCUUUCAUUCAGAGGAGCGAAACAGUAAUUUUAUGUGGGAGAAUCUCAGCACCUGAUCCUGGUGUCCUGCAGGAGCAAAGCAGAGGUGAUGAGCAGUUCAGGCAGAUUUUUAGGCUGUUGAAAGUGUUUUCAAAGGUUUCAUCACUAAGUGCUCACAUGGCCUUAGGAACCAUGACUUUUCCCCCAUGAUUCAUUGGCAUUGAUUUUGGGCCAGUCUGCAGCAGUAGUAGCAUCUUUUCUGACUGACCAGGCAUGACAUCCUACCCAUGUCUAACAGUCUAUGCUUUUUUCUUCUUGCAAAUCUAUUUAUUUCAGAUAUUUUCAUUAUUAUCCUCUCUCCUU